AUGAACUUACUAUGCUGGUACGAGUAUAAAUGUGCAGAGAAAGAGGAGAAUGUCAGUGAUAGUGGAAAUAAGGAUAAUGUGGGCUGUGAUAAUUCUGCAGAGAAGGUAGAAAGUGUAGAGGCAGAAAUGGUUAAUGUAGUGAAUAUUGAUCUAUAUGAAGAAGGCAAAACGGAUAUGAGUGAAUCGAAAGAUGAAAACAAAAUAAUUGCGGAAGACUUGGAGCAUGUAGAAGGUGAAGAAUUGUUUGGGGAACCUAAAUUGGAAGAUGAAAAUAGAUUAGCAGUUGAUUACUACCAAAAUCCUGCCAAUGUGAAUUAUGCUAUUGGAACAUGUAUUAGAGAUUGUCACCAUUAUGAAAUCAGUGUAGAAAAAAAUGAAAGCAAGGAACUUGCCAAGUGCCUGAAUUCUGAUGAAAAUGAUGAUUUGAAUAAACAGAAUAAUCUCAAAUGGGAUUUGAAAUCGGCUGAAGAGUACAAGUUGAAAGGACAAAAUAAGCCUGGAGUAUGUUGUGAUAAAAGUGUCAGUAGCCCUAAAUAUCGAAAAAAUUUAGUUGAGUGGCACUUGGAACCUGCUGACUUCAGGAAAACUAGCUCAGGUGGUAGAGCUGAAAAUGACGGUAUUGAUAGUGGAGUAACGGAGUAUAAGAAGAAAGAUCAUAGGAAUGGUAAAGGUAAAAUGAGGAUCAGUGAAAUGAUUAAAAAUAAUGAGAAAAGCUUGAAGAAAAGGAAAAAGUAUAGAAUGGGUGAACACAUACCCGAAAUUUGA